AGAGCACCGAGUACACCGUUCAUCACUCGAAUCGAAGAGCAUCAACCCGCCUUUCGAUCCCGACAACAACAACCAGUCUUCGUCUGAAACUUUGAAUGGCAGCUUACCCCCUCUCCACACUCCGCAAUCACACUCAAUCGAGCACUUCCACUACCGUCAACAUCUCCAAUUCCUAUUCUAAUCAAUUGAAUUCGAGUUUAAGUAAUAAUUAUCAUGCCGUCGAUACGAAUACUCAAUCAACCGGUGCCAACAACGAGCACCAACACCAACGCCGUGCCACCGACACCGCCGGUGGAGGGUGGUGCGUUUGACGGAGCUGGGGAGGAGAGUAAAGACAAUCCAGCACACGGCUCCGGCACUGCGCCCGGGAAUGGGCGCAUAC